UCUAUUUCCUCCUGGCUUGCUACUAGUUUACCUUCACUUGUUCAGCCUUCACUCUGAGAGGAGGAGGAGGAGGAUGGUAUGUGAUUGGCCAGGCGGGAACUGGUAGUCCGGAGGCUGGCAUUGUGCUCCGCGCUGAUCCCCGUGUUCUUGUUUACACCUUGCGGACGGGGAAGACACCCAUGGGCCCACAACAGACUCUGGAGUCCAGUCUGCAAUGAGCGCGGCUAUCUGACAGCAUCUCCCCGUCGUAGCCUACUUAUGUUGUAAGAUUGCAAACCAAGUUGUUUUUUUUUUCUCUGGGAAUCGGACUCUCCCGUCUAAUUGCAUCUCUCCAUUCAGAGCAACGAUGCGUCAAACUUUUUGGUGACUUUUGUGGCACCUCUGCUCUUAUGGCUCCCAGACAAGCCGGGUUUAAGUGGAGCUGGAAAUGAAAUCCACCAGGAAUACUGCCGACAAAUUGUUUCUUUAUAUUCACAUGGUGUGAUAUCUACGGACCUCUUCAAACUUUGAUGACGGGCGGAAAUUACACAUUUUCAGUCUUUCUCAGACACUCUCAAGCUGCUCGGUGAUGGAUGUGUUUUGAGCGUUGCAGCCUAUUUGCGUCAAAAGUAAAGAGUGAACUAUUUACCAAAACAACGAGGUCCAACAUCAUUUACUGGACUGGUUAGUAUUUUAUUCUCUCCUGAUAAAUAUUUCAGGAGCAAAGACUUCUUUGGAGAAAAGACAUUUGGUGUGUCAACAGCACGCUGUGUGCACUACCCGGGGCGUUUCGCAACGGCGUAGCCGGAAAAGAUGCUCUCUGCUCGGAUGCAGCGUGACCAAGGUCUCGGUCCUCUGGUGCUUCUGCUCCUGGUCGGAGGAUAUGUCGUGUCUGGCAGCGAGAGCAGCGACUACAGCGAGGCCGAGGUUCUCCCUGACUCCUUUCCGUCGGCACCAGCAGAACCUCUCCCAGAAUUCCUGCUCGAACCAGAGGACGCUUUCAUCGUAAAGAACCGGCCGGUCCAGCUACGCUGCCGGGCGUCACCAGCCACCCAGAUCUACUUCAAAUGCAACGGAGAAUGGGUCAAUCAAAAUGACCACAUCACCAGAGAGAGUCUCGACCAGAUCACAGGUCUGGUUUUGAGGGAGGUGGAUAUCUCAGUGUCAAGAACUCAGGUGGAGGAGCUGUUCGGGUUGGAGGACUACUGGUGCCAGUGUGUGGCCUGGAGCUCGGCUGGCACCACCAAGAGCAACCGUGCCUAUGUCCGCAUUGCAUACCUGAGGAAGAACUUUGAGCAGGAGCCGCUGGGAAGGGAGGUGCGACUCGAGCAGGAGGUGCUGCUGCAGUGUCGCCCCCCAGAGGGCAUGCCCGCUGCUGAGGUGGACUGGCUGAAGAAUGAGGACAUCAUAGAUCCAUCACAAGACUCUAACUUUCUGAUCACCAUUGACCAUGAUCUGAUAAUCAAACAGGCCAGGCUCUUGGACACUGCUAACUACACCUGUGUGGCUCGUAAUGUGGUGGCCAAAAGACGCAGCAGCACCGCUACUCUCAUUGUUUAUGUGAGCGGAGGAUGGUCCUCUUGGACUGAAUGGUCGGAGUGUAAUGCUCGGUGUGGGCGGGGCUGGCAGCGACGAACACGUAGCUGCACCAAUCCUGCCCCUCUUAAUGGAGGAGCCUUCUGUGAAGGCCCACCCUUCCAGAGAGUGACCUGCACCACACUGUGCCCAGUGGAUGGAGGCUGGACAGAGUGGGCAAAGUGGUCCGCCUGUGGGACAGAGUGCACCCACUGGCGCAGCCGCGAGUGCCAGGCCCCCCCACCCAGGAACGGAGGAAAGCACUGCAGCGGCAGCAUGAUGGAGAGUAAAAACUGUACUGAGGGGCUGUGUGCACGCAAUAAAAAGAUUUCUAUUGAACAUGCAAGCCAUCCGCUGGCUCCAGGUAUGGGUGUAGCAGUCUACGCUGGUCUGGUGGGGGCCUUGCUGCUGUGUGUGAUACUGGUGCUAUGUGUGGGUGUGCUGGCAUAUUGCCGCAGAUGCCGCCAUCUCCACGGAGACAUCACCGAUUCUUCGUCAGCUCUCACCGCUGCCUUCCACCCUGGCAACUACAAGCCUCCCAGACAGGAUAACCCUCACCCUCUGAAUCCCUCAGCUCCUCCGGAUCUGACAGCAACAGCGGGGGCCUUCCGUGGCCCUCUCUUCUCCCUGCAGCAGGGGGUCAAUGACAGCCCCCAUAAAAUCCCAAUGACCACCUCUCCCCUGCUGGACCCCCUGCCCAGUCUCAAAAUCAAGGUGUACAACUCCUCCACUCUUUCCUCUCUGGAGCUCCCCGCUGACAUGUGCAUGGUCGACGGGGAGAUCCUCAGCCUGAAGUCGGUGGGUACUGUGGGUAGAGAGCGAGAUUACCACAGCCACACCCUGUCCAGAGAGCCUGGGCUGAGCACCAGCGCCACCCUGGGAAAUCUGGGAGGACGCCUCACCAUCCCAAACACAGGUGUGAGUCUGUUGGUCCCACCUGGCACCAUCCCCCAGGGGAAGUUCUAUGAGAUGUACCUCAUCAUCAACAAGUGGGACAAAACAACGCUACCCUCUGAGGGCAGUCAGACCGUGCUAAGUCCUGUGGUGAGCUGUGGCCCAUCCGGCAUGCUGCUGAAUCGUCCUGUUGUCCUUACAUUGCCCCACUGUGCCCAGCUAGACACACCUACACCUGACUGGACACUCACACUCAAGACACAGACCCAUCAGGGCGCAUGGGAGGAGGUGCUGACAGUGGGAGAAGAGACUUUGUCAUCUCCGUGCUACCUGCAGCUGGAGGAGGAGUGUUGUCAUGUUCUCAUGGAGCAGCUGGGAACCUAUGGCCUGGUGGGCCAAUCCUGCCCUCCACAACCUGCCUGCAAGCGCCUGCAGCUGGCAUUGUUUGCCCCCCGAGCGCCCUGCCUCUCCCUGGACUACAGCCUCCGUAUUUACUGCAUCCACGACACUCCGCAUGCACUCAAGGAGGUGCUGGAUUUGGAAAGGAGUCUAGGUGGAGUCUUGCUGGAGGACCCCAAGCCACUGCUCUUCAAAGACAGCUACCACAACCUGCGUCUGUCCAUCCACGACAUUCCUCACACUCACUGGAGAAGCAAACUGCUGGCGAAGUACCAGGAGAUCCCCUUCUAUCACAUUUGGAGCGGCAGUCAGAGACCCCUCCACUGCACCUUCAGCCUGGAGAGAGGCAGCCUGGCUGUGUCACAGCUCACCUGUAAGAUCUGUGUCCGACAGGUGGAAGGGGAAGGACAGAUAUUUCAGCUACACACAGACAUCCAGGAGACUCUACCACCACACUCGCCCCUCCCCUCGGGAGGCACCUGCCUGCCUUCAUCUCAAGUUGGACCCUAUGCCUUUCGCUUGCCUGACUCCAUCCGCCAGAAGAUCUGUGCCAGUUUGGAUGCACCCAGCGCUCGCGGGUGUGACUGGAGACUGCUGGCACGCAGUCUAGGCUUUGAUAGGUACUUGAACUACUUUGCAACAAAGCCCAGCCCCACAGGUGUUCUACUGGACUUAUGGGAAGCUUGUCACCAAGGUGAUGCAGACCUGGUCUCUCUGGCGACCGCGCUGGAAGAGAUGGGCAAAAGUGAGGUGCUAGUUGUCAUGACAACAGAUGGGGAUUGUUGAUUGGUCAAGGAACAAGAGAGCGAGCAAGACAGAAAAAAAUAUGAAUACCUGCCUAUGAAUAUGCACACCCCGGCACAAAGCAUUCUGGUUCCUUCACACGUACUGUAUUACCUCUGCUUCAUCACCCUUUUCACUGGCCUCUGAUCAGCUGCUGUAGCUACAUAUCCACCAUAACUCAUUCCCAUGCGGGCCAUCCUAUGAUAACUGCUAACCUGGUUCAGCUUGAAGCCUCUGAAGCAAUUCUGCAUCUGAAAGAUGUGAAACCAAUUUGAAGGUACGAAGGCGUAAAAUAGGUGUAAAGUCAUCUGUCAUGUGGUGUUGACUAUCUCCUUCAAAGAUUGAAAAUGACUAUAUUCUUGUAUAUAAAUAAAAAUGCUUUGGGAUAAACAAAAAAAAAAGUAUUUAUCCCACUAAAGCACGCACAAUAACACAAACACAAAAACGCUAAUGUGAGGUUACACAUGUUCCAGUAGCAGCAUGAAAGUGCAUGAUUAAACACCAUCACACCUCAUGGCAGGGGCUUUUGUUUUCUCGCCGCAGCAUCAUUUCUCAAAAUCUCCAUUGUCAUUCUGCGUGUGCAGUGAAUGACAGGCAGCAGCGACCUGUCUGCAACCUCCUCAGGCUACAGACACACUCCAAAACGCAUGUGGACAAACCGGUCUUUAAUGGGCUCUGAAUCAGACAGGCUAGAAUUUCUUGUCUUACUGCUUUGACUGCAGACAAAUCAAAUGAGGACCCAUCUCUCAAGAUUUGAGGGCUUGAGCAUAUCGCUUUGGGCUGAAAAAUAAAAGCUGCCUCUUCUUUGUGGUAGGAGGGUGGAUUUUGAAGAUUGUCUCAGAAUUGGCAGAUAACUAGACCGAUUGACUCUUUAUAUUGUACCAACAAAUGCCUCAAAGCCUUGGUAUAUCAUUCCGACUCACAGGGGUGUUUCACUUUCAUCUCUCCUCGCAUUCCUCUAUCGCUCCGCCACAGUCCCCCGAUCUGUCGAGAAUAAACUACAGGAGAGCUUUCUCGUCAUCCCUUAAAAGUUUCCUUUGGGGAACGCUCUUUAAGUUAUUAUCCAUAUUUGUGGAUUGUUUGUUGUUGUUUUUUUGUUUUUUUUCUUUCAUUGUCAUUGUUGUUAUGAUCAUAUAGAACCUGUUUUAUCAUUUAUGCUUGUGAAGGCUUCUGAGCUGCUGUGUACUAUUUUUGAUUCUAGUAGAGCAGGCCAAUUGGGAGAGUUAGGCGCACAGUGGAUGUCUCAGUUGUGAAUAACAGAACCAUGCUUAUUUGUUCUUUUUAAUAUUGUGUAUCUAUUCAAAGUGUAAAAUAUAAUCUGUAAAACAUGAUUAGAGGUGGUCAGAUGUCCAGGUGAAUAUACUGUACGCUGUAUUUCGUAGGCAUUUUGCUUUGCUGUAACUGAGGGCGGUUUCUACUUGUUCAGAGACGAAUAUUGCAGAAUAGAUUAGCCUUCUUGAAUAGGCAGCAAGGGACCAUAACAUUUACCUCAACACUAACUGCAUUAUGUUUCAGUCUAUUCUCCCCACCACUUAUCUAUCUGUCCAUCUGUCCAUCCAUCGCCCCGUAACUCAUUACGUCUCCCCUCUCUCAAUUUGACAUUAACAUAUUGUUAACCUUUUUACUAAGCCGCCUGCUUUGUGGUCAGGGUCCUCAAGCUAUUUGCAUCAUCAAUACUGUUCUGUCAGUUAUUGUUAGACGGGAAUUGAAAUGCUGAAAUCAAACAUUGUCAUUACUUUAGUCUUAUUUUCUCCCUCAAAGCAAAAAAAAGUGUUCAUAUCUUUAAAACCACUAAACCAAAACACAGGCAGUAUCCCUCCUCCUCAGCAGUGAGUCAUGUCACUGUUUUGUGUGAAUGAACUGAAAUUUAAGUGUGUGUGUGUGUGUGUGUGUGUGUGUAUGUGUGUGUGUGAGUGGGUAUGUUUGGGCAGGCGGGUGUGCACAUACAGUCUGUGGUGCGCACGCUUAAGAUCUGUCAUUUCUCUUUGUAAGUGCUAUGCAAGUACAAAAGAAAAGAAAAGCAUUUUGACUUCUUUUGUUUUCUGGAAGAGUAAUUCUAUUUUUUCAGAUCUGGGCAUUGACAGGGUUUUGAUUUUGUAUCCUAAAAGUGGUUUAAGAGUAGUUAAACAUUUUUUUUUUGUGAUGGUAGUAUUUGUGGGAAUUCUCCACCUGGAUCGGAAGAAAUGGAUCACUGACCGAGGAAGCUACUACUGAAAAAGCACAUGUGGGAAAACAAAACAAAAAUGUGGUGCAUUGGUUAUAAUACAAGUUGUGACUAGCAUCAUGAACUCGUGCCCUGCAGGUCUUUGCCCAUGAGGAAAUAUCUGAACAUGACCGGUUCAGUACUUUGGAUCCCUGAACACUGCAGGACUAUUCUCUUUCCUCAAAUCUUGUUACAGACUGGCUAGCUGUAGACUACAGUGUUCAUUCGUCCAGAUUUCUUGAGUAUCUUUUGGAUCUUUGGCCAUAGCUCGGGAUAAUUCAUGCUGGAGCUGGACUGGAUUCUACCUUGCUCCAAUCAAAGAGAAAAAUUAAGCCUUUGUUCAAGAAGUCAGACAUUUUUACAAAAAAAACAAAAUGGAUUCAGUGACAUUAUUUUAUCUCUGUAAAGUACCAAUUGUAAAUAAACGUCUAGCCUUCUUACCUGUAACUAAAUAUAAU